AUGUAUGGCAGAAAUGAUGCGUUUGUAGAUGUGGAGGAUAUUGAAGAUUUAAGUAAAGAUCUUCCAAAUGUCGCAUUUAAAUUUAAAGUACCUUAUGAAAUAAUUUAUGCAGACGAAAUUUUAGCUGAUAUACUUAAAAAUGAUGGUUUAAACAUAUUGGAAAUAACGAAAAAGUAUGGUUACCCAUUCGAAAUUCAUCAAUUAACAUCACAAGAUGGUUACAUAAUCGAAUUACAUAGAAUCCCCCAUGGAAAAUCAAACGAUAAUAAAAAAAGAUCUGCAAUUUUAUUAACACCAGGAUUGGAUAUGGGCUCAGUACAUUACGUGUUAACCGGAAAUAUAAGUUUGGGAUUUACUUUAUCAAACGCUGGUUACGAUGUUUGGAUUUAUUGCACAAGGGGGACAAGAUCAUCUAGAAAACACGUUUAUUUAAACCCUGAUGAUGAAGAAUUUUGGAAAUUUAGUUUUCACGAAGUUGGAUUUUACGAUUACCCACUUUGUAUCGAUUACAUAAUAAAUGUAACCCACCAACCAAAAAUAUUUUUCAUCGGGUAUUCCCAAGGAUCGACAUCUUUCGGGGUAUUUUUAUCCGAAAGGCCGGAAUACAACGAUAAAAUAAGAUUAGCGAUUUUAUUGGCUUCAACGAUGUACACCAAACAUAAUAAACACCCUGUAUGGAUGCAUUUAUCCAAAAACUACAAUACAAUAAAAAGUCUCUUUAAAAUGCUGGAUAUUUAUGAAUUCCCCGCUGGAAAAUUUCGCAGCGAAUAUUGCAAUAUGAUGAAAUUAAUUUGUUUACAACUAGUUUAUUUAAUUGCAGGAUACAGCACGCAAAUGGACCCUGAUUUUAUUCCAGUUUUAAUGAAUAAUUUAUCAGGUGGACUUUCAAUGCAAAUGCUGGAACAUUAUGCCCAAAUGUUUGAUCGAAGAGCCUUUCAAAAAUUCGAUUAUGGUAAAUCCGAAAAUUUAAAGAUUUAUGAUUCUGAAGUUCCACCCGAUUAUAAUAUAUCGAAAAUAUCAGCUCCAGUUGCUUUAUUUUGUGGAAGAAAUGAUCCUUUAGUAACUUGUGAAGAUACAACCGAUAUAGCCAAAAAUCUACCAAAUUUGGUUUUAAAAUAUGUUGUUCCUGAUGAAAUGUGGUCCCAUUCUGAUUUUACAUAUGGAAGAGAAGCUCCGGACUUGGUUUAUAAAGUUUUAGUUCAACUUCUAAAUCAACAUUAAAUUUUUUUUAUAAAUA